UUUUCGGGGCUUGGCAGACUUUCCUGUCAGCAUACAAGCACAAGGUCCAGGACUUGGACGGUCAACUUUAAAUCUGGACCUCCUGUUUGACGCUGGCAUGAAAAGCUUUGUGCUGUUCGUGUUCUGGGUUGCGGGGACAUCGCGGGUGGUGCCAGACCCGGACACCGCGGGAGUGAAGGCGCAAGAGGAGCCCAUUCCAUGUUCCAAAGGAUGUACCUGCCUACUGGACGACUACAGCUUGGAGCUAAAUAUGUACUGCAGCUUUCGGAACUUCACCCAAGUUCCUUCGGACCUGCCGUCCACGACUCACGCUCUCUGGCUGGACGGCAAUCUAUUCGCCUCGAUCCAAGCGUCUGCGUUCAAGGACCUCAGCAAUCUGGACUUUUUAAACCUGCAGAGCGGGCAGCUAGCUACGCUGGAUCCACAGGCUUUCAGAGGCCUGCGCUCACUCGCACAUGUUCACCUGGAGAGGAACCGCCUGCGAGUGCUACCGGCAACCCUCUUCCAGAACACUCCCAACAUCGCGUCGCUGAGCCUGCAUAACAACCUGCUGGUACGGAUCGAUGAAAGGCUGUUUCACGGCCUCUCUCACAUGUGGUUUCUCAAUUUGGGAUGGAAUUCCAUUGCCGUCUUGCCGGAGACCAUCUUCCACGACCUCUCUGGGCUCCGAGAGCUUGUUCUUGCUGGCAACCGACUUGCUUACUUGCAAACACAACUGUUCCAAAACCUUGUUGAGCUGAAGGAGUUAGAUCUGACUGGCAAUCAUCUCAAGGUCAUCAAAGCCAAUGUCUUUGUGAAGCUCACCAAGCUACAGAAGCUUUAUCUCGCCCAGAACCAGAUUGCCACUGUCGUUCCCAGAGCCUUCAUGGGCAUGAAGUUCCUCAGAUGGCUGGAUCUCACCAACAACCGUCUGACGUCCAUGCACGACGACACCUUCUUCGGUCUUCACAGCCUGCACGUGCUCCGCCUCUCCAACAACUCCAUCACUGGAAUUAGGCCCAGGACAUUCCGGGAUCUGCAGUAUUUGGAGGAGCUACGACUCAGCUACAACCGGAUUCGUGCCUUGGGGGACAGGAUCUUCGAAGGCUUGGGCCACCUUGAGGUGCUAGAGCUUGAGCACAACCAAGUUCAGGAGGCACAAGUUGGCAGUUUCACGGGCCUUUCUCACGUCGCAGUGAUAAAUCUUUCCGGAAGUUGCUUCCAAAGUCUGCCGGACCAGAUCUUCAGGGGUCUACCGAAGCUUCACAGCCUCCAUUUGGACCGAGGCUGUCUGUCGAGGAUCACUUCGCAAGCAUUCACCGGGCUCACGGGUCUUCGGAGGCUUUUCUUGCAGCACAACAACAUUUCCGUGAUAGAGCGCCAGAGUUUCGCGGAUCUGAUCGGCCUCCUGGGACUCGAUUUAAGUUUCAACAAGCUGGAGGUUCUCAACACCAAUACGUUUUCUGGCCUGAAGAAUCUGGAGUACCUGCUGCUCUCCAACAACGACUGUCGACAGUUCUUGCAAAACGGCACCAGGCAGGUUCUUCCAAGGCUCCGCUACCUCGACCUGCGGGCGAAUUCUUUGACGAACAUGGUCCUGGACUUCAACGACAACAUGGAGAAGCUUUUGCUCUCGGGGAAUCGGUGGAAAUGCGACUGCAGCUCUCUCUCUCUCAGGAACUACAGCUUGAAGAACCCGCUGGUGAUUCCUCGGCGGGUGGAGACGCACGCUGAAGCCGAGGAGCCGGACACCACCAUCACCAUAUACAACAACAUUACGUGCAACAGCCCGCCGCGGCUAGCUGGUCAGGACCUGCGGGAUAUUGCAGAUGAUGUUUUUCAAACUUGCUAAAAGCAAAAAGCUGAUCGGAAAAUAUCAUAUUUACAAACAAUCGCUCAUCACAAUUCUACAGCAACAAGCUCCUGAUAACAGACUUACAGUCCUAACUGUGCGGUCCCACUACAGAAAACAUUUAUUUCACCAAUAUUUCUUUGUUUCAAACAAGAAAAAGAGCAGAAUUUUGCUAAAUUUAUUGGCAUUAGGCACAAACAGACCAUGCUAGCUGUCAACCGCAAUAAGUUUUAAUGCUAUCUAUAUCAUUAUUAGCGUUUCUUUUGAGGUCAUUUUGGGAGAAAUGACAAGAUUCUCACACCAUAGGCCACAUCUGGAAUACAGAAAGUCGAGAUCGAAUCGCUCCAAUUCGACUACUUCAAUGACUGAGCCACUCAAAGCUCCACCACUCAUGACCAACAUGUAUUUUAGCCGUAGCACGUUUGCUCUCUCAAGACCAUUGAGGCGUUUUAUUUACUGUUAAAUUGAUCUCAAGUAGUGUAGCAACAAAGAAGAUAAAGUAGGUGUUGGACUACUACUAUCUAAACAGCAAACAUUAUCACAGUAGCUUGUAUUUGCAUCAAACAUAAUAACUCUUUUGCAAUUCACCUUAAUGUUUUAUUCCAUUGGAACAUUAGAGUUCAUGUCGAAGAUUUCUACACCGCAGGCCGCUUUUCAUGUAUUUGCAUUGAGUGUUCAAAUCUUGUUUAUUUCAUGUUUGUGCUUCCCACAUCGCUGUUGUCUGAAAUGAUUCAUUUUUACUUUGCACUAUUGUGAAACUGUCUGAGAGAGAAAUAAAUAUAUUGAAGACAAAAAUCGGUGUCAGAUGAGGUCA